AUGGCUAUUGGCCUCUCUGUGAGCAAUGGAGACGAAAAUCCCAACGCGCCGUUGCAACUAGAUGCGCUAGUCAUCGGUGGCGGGUUCUCUGGCGUCUACCUCCUGCACAAACUUCGUGAUGUGCUCCAUAUGAAGGUCAAGAUAUUCGAAUCAGGAUCGGAUAUCGGUGGCACCUGGCAUGCCAACCGCUACCCGGGAGCGCGAGUGGACUGCCCAGCUCCUAUGUAUGCCUACUCGCUGCCGAAAGUGUGGCAGGACUGGACCUGGAAAGAGAAGUACCCGGAGCAGAAGGAGUUAAAGUCCUACUUCGAUCACAUUGACCGCGUGCUAGACAUUCGCAAGGAUUGUCUCUUCCACUCAGAAGUCAACUCGGCGCGCUUCGACCCCGAGCCGAGCAGGUGGAUGGUGCAGACUCGUGAUGGGAAAAUCGCCCACGCCAAGUAUCUGAUUGUGGCCAUAGGAUUCGCCUCAAAUUCAUACAUGCCUGACUGGCCUGGGUUGGAUUCGUUCAAGGGCACCAUUCACCAUUCCGCCCACUGGCCCAAGGACGGAAUCGACGUGACGGGCAAGAAGGUGGCUGUUAUUGGCACGGGGUCCACCGGCAUUCAGAUCACCCAGGAAUGGGCCAAGGAGGCAGCCGAGACCUUUCUCUUCCAGCGAACGCCGAACCUGUGUCUGCCGAUGCGUCAGCGUCAAUUGAGCGAGGUCAAGCAGGCAAUCGAAAAACCUGGUUAUGAUGACUUGUUCACGCGCUGCGCUGCCACCUUUGCAGGACUGGAUUACGAGCCAACUCCGCGGAACACGUUCGAUGACACGCCGGAGCAGCGCGAGGCCUUCUAUGAAAAACUUUACGCAGAUGGUGGGUUCAAGUUCUGGUUCCACAAUUAUCAGGAUCUGCUGCUUGACGCCGCGGCUAAUCGUGCGGCAUACGAUUUCUGGGCCCGGAAGACGCGCGCUCGAAUCAGCGAUCCCGUCAAACAAGACCUGCUAGCACCAUUGGAACCGCCGCACCCAUUUGGAGCGAAGCGUCCGUCGCUAGAACAUAACUUCUACGAGCUGUGCAGCCAAUCCCACGUACACAUUGUAGACACCAAACGCCAUCCGGUGAUCCAAGUGCGACCCGAAGGCAUCGUGACCGCUGAUGGAAAAUGCCACGAGGUGGAUAUUAUUGCCAUAGCCACGGGGUUUGAUGCCAUGACUGGAGGCCUGAGGCGCCUGGGGCUAGAAGAUGUCGACGGGGUGGGUCUCGCAGAGCGAUGGAAGGAUAGCUUAUCCACGUACCUGGGCAUGGCUAUCAGCGGAUUUCCCAAUAUGUUCCUCCCGUAUAGCCUGCAGGCUCCCACGGCCUUCGCCAAUGGACAUUCGAUCAUCGAGCUGCAAGGAAACUGGAUGGUGUCCAUGAUUGCCAAAAUGGAGAAGGAGAAGUUGGACUCCAUCACCGCCACCAAGGAGGCCGAGAGCGCUUGGAACGAUGAGGUCAAUGCGUUGACCAACGCGAGUCUUUUGCCCCAGGCUAAAUCAUGGUAUAUGGGGGCUAAUAUCCCCGGCAAGCCAGUUCAAGCCCUCAACUACAUCGGCGGACUGCCAACUUAUCGACAGAAAUGUGAUGCCGUACUCAACCAGGGUUUUCUGGGGUUUUCCAAAGCGUGA